CUUCAGUAAAUAAUUGGCGAUCACUGCAGGAAAACCCGCACUCUCGAUGGUACUUUCCUGAUUCAAAGGGGGAAAAAAAAGAAAUUGCCUAAAAUAUAUAUAAAAGUAAAGGGAAUAGAGGGUAGAAAAGAAAAUGCAGAAUAUCUAGGGAAAACAAAUUAGCGGAGGAGAGGGCGGAGAGAGAGUUGGUGGGUCCGUCCGUCACACCCUCAGAGGACUCAGCAGUUUUAUUUGUAGAAAGAGAAGAGAGAGAAGGAGAAACCCCAACAAAAAAAAAAAAAAAAAAAAAAAAAAAAAAAAAAAGAAAAAAAAAAAAAAAAAAAAAAAAAAAACAACAAGACAAUGGCGGACUCAGCAACGGCGCCACCACCAGCGGCCAUUGAAGCUCCAGCUCCAGCUCCAGCUCCGCCAGCAGCGCCACCAGCAGAAGCGGCGCCGUUCUCGCUUUGGUCUUUCCCAGGGAGACAAAGGCCGGGCAUCAGACUUACGUCAGAGUUCGACAGCGAGAGCUCCGUCUUCUUCCACAAGCUGUCGUUGAAGCUCUUCGAUAAUCUCGCCAAGCUCAAGCUCUCCUUCAACAACGACCACCGCGGCCAAGUCUCUCAACCGCAGCUGGCCUUCAUCUCCAAACAUCUGUCUCUCCAUUACGAUCUCGAAGACCACAACACUCUCCUCAAAGGCUCCUUCGAUCUCGCUCCGGGCCUCAAUCUCCGCGCUGUCCACGAUGUCAACGCCCAGCAAGGCGAGCUCUCCGUGCUUGCAAACCUCUCCGACCCUAAUUAUGCCUUUCAGCUUUCCUCUCCCGUUCCUUCCAUCGGUUUGGUGCCAAAGGCAACGUUGAAAUUCCCUCUUGGUGAAGUGUCGUUGGAAGAGAGAGAAGAUGAGGAAGUGAAGAGAGUUUUGUCAAUUAAUGGAAUUGUCAAAGCCAAUGUUUUCAAUGGUGUCUGCACUGCUCAGUAUGCCGAUGACGAUUUGAAACUCAGAUACUCCUUUAAGGACGAACAAAUGUCGUUUCUUCCGGCCAUUUCGUUGCCUUCAAAUGCCUUAUCAUUCGCAUUUAAACGUCGAUUUGGCCCUUCUGACAAACUGAGUUACUGGUACAAUUUCGACGCGGACAACUGGAGUGCAGUGUACAAGCACACAUAUGGUAAGGACUUGAAGUUUAAAACUGGUUAUGAUUCAGAGGUGCGCCUUGGCUGGGCUUCACUUUGGGUUGGAGAGGAAAGUGGAAAAGCAAAGGCAGCUCCGUUGAAGAUGAAAAUUCAAUUUAUGCUCCAAGUGCCACAAGACGACAUAAAAUCAUCAGCCUUGAUGUUCCGGGUGAAAAAGAGAUGGGACAUAUGAAUAAUAGUGUUUCUGUGGGGGGUGAGAUCUCUUUGUUUUGUUCUUAGCUUAGCAUAGCUUUGAAGUUGAUACAUCAUCGCUUGCUGUAAUGAUACAUGCUUAUUUUUUGCGUAAUGACAAUGCGUUUCUCAACACACUUGUUUUGGGUUUUGAGAAUUCCUGCUUGGAGUCGGUGGGUCUAUAGAAAAAUUCGUCGGCUGUGAAUGAAAUGCUUGAUUUGAUUAUUACAAAUGUGAAGCAGAACAUUCACUUGGAUGUUACCAGUUUCAAGUUUGUAUCUCAGAAGAAAACAGUAUGAAUAUGAUGGAACCUCGACCUCUUCACAGACAGAAUUGCCUUUUGCCAAACUAAUUUGCACUUUUGCUUAUAGAUGGAUAGAUAGAGACAAGGAAAAGCAGCUCGCUCUGUAUGGCAUGGCAUGGCUAAUAAAUUGAGAAUGUGAAGAGACUUUUGCAAAGAAAAUGUGGUCCUUUUUUUUUUUUUUUUUUUUUUUUUUUUUUCAACUCUGUUAUUGUGUGGUAGUCCUAUCGCCGUAUCCCUAGCUUACUUGCUGCUACUCGGGCCCAAUUUUCGGAUGUUAAC